AUGGCCAAUAUAUACCUACCUUAUUUGAAGUUCUUCAAAGAUCCGUUGCUCAUAAAAGCUGAACUUAUUUACGCUUUACAAGAAUCCAGGGACAGAUGUCUUCACCAAAGUACAAAAUUUCUUUCAGAAUUGAUGAUGACUUUAAAAAAUAUACCUCCAUAUUUUGAAUUUGAAAAUGAAAAUAAUGAAUUUAUACGUUUCGAGUUAGAACCAGCUUUCACCAAUUUAGAAGAUUAUUUGGUGUAUUUUAAGGCACGUGCAUAUUAUGAUCUGGAAGAUUAUCCCAGCUGCGCACACAUAGCAAAACAUACAAAUAACAGCAAAUCUAUGUUUUUGCAUUAUAUGGCUAGAUAUUUAAGUAUGCAUAAUGAAUGUAUUUAUGAGCGUACUAAUUUAUUUGAUUCGUUUAAACCAAUAAAUAUGCGAGCAUAUAUGGAACUAUUAGAUGAACUAUUAAUACUGAAUGUAUAUGGCAGUGAAGAUGAUUCUGAUGAAGAAUCUGAAGAUGAACCACAACAAGAGGCAUCCGAUCUUGACGUUGUUAAUCGAAAACAUUCUAUACAAGAAGAUGAUUCCACUCCUAAAGGAAGGCGAUGCAGUAGGCGACCUCGUAGUUUAAGAAUUGAAAAAGCUACCACAACUACUUUAGGAAAGAAAAACAAAAUUACCAAACGCAACAACACCGCCAAAAAAGUCAAAGUUACAGCAUUAGCGACUCAAUCUGAAAAUAAUAUGUCAUCUGGUGAUCACAAAGAGACUAGGAUUAAACGCGAAGACCCAUAUUUGUUAUGGCUCACAGCUGUUAUGUUAAAAAGAAUAGAUCGAUGUGAUGAAGCUGUAGAUAUAUUGGUCAGAGCAAUACAAAUUCAACCUUGUUAUUGGGGUGCGUGGAUAGAGCUAUCAACACUAGUUAAGGACUUACAUAUGCUUGAUGCUUUGAACUUACGACUUAAUGAAAGCAAAGAACAUCAUUGGAUGCAUCUUCUUUUUAUUGCACAUAUGUAUAUUGAUUUUCAAAUAACUGACCGAGCACUAAAUAUAUACAAUGAUAUUUGGAAGCUGGGCCAUACUGUUUUUCAAGAUUGGCCGUAUAUGCAAGCUCAAUUAGCUAUUGCCCAUCAUAACAAGCGCGAAAUUGCAACUGCAAUAGUAUCAUUCAAAACUGUUAUGGAAAUGGAUCCAUUCAGGAUAGAUAAUUUAGAUCUAUUAUCAAAUCUUAUGUAUGUCUGUACUAGUCCUGACGAACUCGUAGUUUUAUCCAAAUAUGUAGCCUCUAUCGACCGUUACCGUCAAGAAACAUUAUGUGUCCUUGGGAAUAUGUAUAGCUUAAAAUGUGAUCAUGCCAAAUCAGUUUUAUAUUUUAAAAAAGCUGUGAGAAUUAAUCCAUUUAAUGUAACUGCUUGGACUUUAUUGGGGCAUGAGUACAUUGAAAUGAAAAACUCUUAUGCUGCCAUCAUCUCAUAUCGACAAGCUUUAAAAAUAAAUAUAAGAGAUUACAGAGCUUGGUAUGGUCUAGGCCAAAUUUACGAACUAGUGAAGUUGCCGAAUUAUGCAUUGUUCUAUUUUACACAUGCACGUGACUUAAGGCCUAGAGAUUAUCGUAUGCUAGUAUCUUUAGGAGAAAUGUUUGAACGUGCUGAUCGUAUUUUUGAAUCAAUGGCUUGCUUCUAUAAAGCCUUAUUUUACGAUACUGAUGGAACAAUAAUGCUAAAACUCGCAAAAUUUUAUGAUAAAUAUGGAGAUUGCAGUAAUGAAUUAACCCGUGAACAUUUUAAUAUGAUGAAUAGAAGAGCUUUAAAAAUUGGAAUUAGGAAUAGAACUACUAUUGAGUUGAACUUGAUAUUAAGCAAAAUAUAUUUGUACUUGGGACAUUAUUAUAUGGAUCUACAUUAUUAUGAUCGAGCUAUUUCUUUGGCUGGAAAAUGUCGUGAUUUGUGGAAGGAACCGGAGACAAUUGCUUGUCAAUCCUUAGGAGUGACAGAACAUGUUACUGCUCUAUUAGCUGAGAUUGAAGCUAGAGCCGGAUCCGAUAGCUCUCUCGCCCCAACACCUAGUGCCAUUAAAGCACGCAGAUUUUUGUUUGCACUUUAA